GGGGCGCAGGUUCCCAGCCUGAACUUGGUUGCGCACCCCACCUCCCACGCAGUUCCGCAGUUCCCGUCUGCCUGUCCGGGGCCUCCACCCUAAGCGAGAGUCCCUUGGCUAAAGUCGUGCCCCCUGCGGGAAGAUGACCUCUUGGGGCCACCCCAGACCCCAGGAGCACCUUCAAAGGAUGAGGAGGCCCCCCGGAAGUUUGGCUCCUCCUGGAUGGAGCUCCCCGGAUGUCCUGAACCAGCUCCGGCAGCAGUUUCCCAGGCUCCCCGCUCACCUGACGGCGCAGGUGGAGAGCAUGUGCCACACGACGGAACACUUCCUCGAGACCUGGAGCCGACCUCUGGGCCCCCCGCCGGGGGAGGAGGCGGCUGGGAGCUGGGCUGACCGGGACUCCUGGGGGCCGGCCGGCCCCGCGACAGCCUCACAGCACCCGAGUCUCCAGGGGCCACGCUCGGAGGACGCUGUGGCCAGGAGGUCCUCAGACUGGCUCACGCAGCGCCCGGGGGCCGACGAGCAGGACACGCCGGCGCGCUGGGACCCGGAGGCCCGGCUUUGGCAGGACGUCCUGACCGAGCAGCUCUGGCAGAUCUUUACGGGGACCCCCGACAAGGGGGAGCAGCCCCAGCGCAGGGUGACAGAGGAGCCGUCAGGCGCGGAGGGCCAGGACCUGGGACCAAGCUACUUGGGACUGGAGUUGCGUACUGAAGACACUUUCGAUCUCAGCCCCCCUGUGCCCUCCCUGAGCUCCCCUGAGGGCGCUCAAGAAGGGAGCACAGAGCCGGGCCCCGAGGCCAGGGGGAUGCCCUCCCGCGUGGCCCAGGUGAGGCGUCAGCCUGAGCAGUGGCCUCCGCAAGGGGCGGGGAUGCCGACGCGCGCCUGGGCCUGCCCACAGGAGCCUGCCCCGGGAGCCUGCCGUUUCCUGCAGCCCAUAUGCUGGGACCCUGAGGACUUUGAGGACACGUGGAGGAGACCAGAUGCCUUACCCUGGCGGCCCAAGAGGCCGGCCGUCCCUCUCCGGGUGGAGAAGGUGCGGGCGCUGAGACACGGGGAGCCCGUGCUGGCCACGGCCGUCAGCAGCUUCCUGCGGCACGCCUUCACCUGCGGCAGGGCCGGCGUCAAAGUGUGGAGCCUGGCUGGCCAGGUGGCGGAGGACAGGUGUCCCCAGAGCCACCUGGGCAUACAGACCCGCGGGGCCUACCUGCGCACCUGCCUGCUGGCCUCCGACAGCACCACCCUGCUCACCGGUGGCCACAACCUGGCCGGCGUGGGCGUGUGGGACCUGACCGCGCCCACCCUGCGCGUGAGCCGGGAGCUGCCCUGCGCCGGCCUCACCUGCCAGGCCCUGGCCUCCAGGCCCGAGGACAGCCUGGCCUUGGCCGGUUUCAAGGACGGCACCGUCAGGAUCUGGGACCUGCGGGACCAGAGUGUCAUCAGGGACCUGCCGGGCCAGCCAAAUGGGGCCAAGAGCAUUGCCGUCAAAGACCAGAACAUCUGGACAGGGGGUCUGGACACUUGUCUGCGGUGCUGGGACCUGAGGGCUGCCGGGGAGCCCCAGGAGUACCAGUUCGAGUCUCAGAUAAUGAGCCUGUCCCCUAGUCCCCAGGAGGACUGGGUGUUGGUGGGCACAGCCAAUGGCCAACAGUGGCUGCAGCCCACCCGAGGGGGCCAGAAGCACAUGGUGGGGAGUAAAGACGGCACCAUCCUGGGUCUGAAGUUCUCGCCCCUCGGCCAGUGGUGGGUGAGCGUCGGGAUGGAUGACCUGGUCGGCGUCUACAGCAUGCCCGCGGGGACCCUGGAGUUCCAGGUACCCCAGGGGGACCGGGCCCGAAGGGACGGCGGGGUGGGUGAGCCGCCCGCCCCUCAUGCUGGCCUCCCGUGCCCCGAGGUCCCCGAGAACUCAUCUGUCCUGUGCUGUGACGUGUCCCUCAAUGACCGCCUGAUCGUCACGGGGUCCAGGGACUGCGCCUCCGUGUACCUGCUCACCUACUGAGCGCCCCGGCGCCUGGUCCUCACUCGGGUCCUUGGUUUUUGUCCUUUGCCCCCAAUGUGGUGGCGGAGGGGCGUGGCGGGCCGGAUCUCUCCCGCACGGCGAUCUUUGUCACGUGUAAUAAAGCAACCGCAAACAGCA